AUGCUGCCUACCGCGCCGCCCACCGAGCUGCUGCCGUCGGAGCGCGCCGUGGUGCUGCUGUCGUGCGCGUUGUCCGCGCUGGGCUCGGGCCUCUUGGUGGCCACGCACGCCCUGUGGCCCGAUCUGCGUAGCCGGGCUCGGCGCCUGCUGCUCUUCCUAUCGCUGGCCGACCUACUGUCGGCUGCCUCGUACUUCUACGGGGUGCUGCAGGACUUUUCGGGCUCUUCUUGGGACUGCGUGCUUCAGGGCGCGCUGUCUACCUUUGCCAACACCAGCUCCUUCUUCUGGACCGUGGCCAUCGCCCUCUACCUGUAUCUCAGCAUCGUGCGCGCCAUUCGUGGGCCCUUCGCCGACCGCCUGCUCUGGGCCUUCCACGUCGUCAGCUGGGGUGUCCCACUGGCUAUCACGGUGGCAGCCGUUGCCCUGAAGAAGAUCGGCUAUGACGCCUCGGAUGUGUCUGUGGGCUGGUGCUGGAUUGAUCUGGAGGCUGAGGACCACGUCCUGUGGAUGCUGCUGACCGGGAAGCUCUGGGAGAUGCUGGCUUAUAUCUUGCUGCCCCUGUUGUACCUCCUGGUCAGGAGGCACAUCAACAGAGCGCACGAGGCGCUCUCGGAAUACCGGCCCAUCUGCGAGGACCGCCAGCUGCCGUGGCGCUCCUCCUCGUCCUCCGUGGCGGACAAGAAGCUGGUCCUCAUCCCUCUCAUCUUCAUCUGCCUGCGGGUCUGGAGCACCGUGCGCUUCGCCCUGACCCUCUGCGGCUCCCCGGCAGUGCGGGCGCCAGUGCUGGUCAUUCUGCAUGGCAUUGGGAACACCUUCCAGGGAGGUGCCAACUGCAUCAUGUUCGUCCUCUGCACCCACGCCAUCCGCUCGCGGCUCCUGUCACUCUGCUGCUGCCGUUGCUGUCCUCAGCCCUCUGCCCAGAGCCCCCCUGGGGGUACUGCUCCCCGCAAGACAGGAGAGUCUCAGGGACCCAGACACACCUCGGAGGAAGCUCACAGCACCUGAGCAUCUGUCCCUCCUAGUUCUAUGCAUAGGAGCUGCCUUCCUGGGACAGGCAGUUCUUUGUGCCCCACUGCGGGGAGUGGGGGGCAUGUCUGUUGCACUGGGCACCCCCCUUAUGAAGCUCUGAAACCCAGUGUGGGAUCAGCUGCCAGUUCAGCUUCUACCUCCUAGACCUCCAGGCAGAAGGCCGGGUCAUCGCACGUGGCCGGGCACGCUGGGGUUUGUCACAGGUCGGUUCCUCGUCUACCGAGCCGUUGGGGUUUGUGGAUGUGAACACAGCGUGAGACUGAGGAAAGCCAGCCAUGCAGGAUCACCAUCCUGGGACCUCUAGGGCAGUGGCUCAGUGUCCUGAAGUCACCCAGCUCUGUUUACAGUUAGAGGGACCCACAUGUUUGCACCCAUCCCCACAUGACUAAAUAUAAUUUGUGGGGGGGGGGACCCAGAGUUGCGUCUCCUGCCCAGACAUCAUGGAGCAGGUUUGUCAGAGCGCUAGGAUUCCCUGGAGAGUCCAGUUCCCCUUGGACAGUAUUACUGGUCAACAAAGAAGGCAGUUUCCUUCAACCAUGUCACAGGUUCCACAGCCCAGUACUGCCAGUCAGGCCCAUGGGUACCUUCUGGAUUCUCUCUCUGGGUCACCAGCGCUCAGUGUCAAUAGCAUGUGAAUUUCAGCACAGGCCACGAUCCAGAGUCCCACCCCAUUAGUCAGCCACAUAAUGCCUGAGUCCCUUCCUCUAGCUAUGGGGCAGGAGGCCAUGCGAGUCCCUAGGACAACACACUCUAUAACCUAGCGUUUCCCUGAAAGCCCCUGUUCUUAGAAUGAAGAAUACAGGGUUAAAUUGGGAUGGCAUAUGUACAUAC